UUUAACCCCUCACUCUCACUCUCUGCAACACCGACAUUACUUUUUUUCUUCUUCUCCAACAAUGGCCUCCUUCCACUGCCACCUCCUCCUCCUCACUCUCCUCUCCCUCGCCGCCGCCAUCUCCGCCCACAACAUCACCGCCAUUCUCGAAGCCAACCCCGAGUACAGCCAGUACAACUCCUUCUUAACCCAAACAAGACUAGCCGACGAGAUCAACACCCGCACCACCGUCACCGUCCUCGUCCUCACCAAUGGCGUCAUGUCAUCCCUCGCCGCCAAGCACCCCCUCUCCGUCAUCAAGAACGCCCUCAGCCUCCACAUCCUCCUCGACUACUACGACCCCGCCAAGCUCCACAAAAUCUCCGACGGCUCCGUCCUCACCACCACCCUCUACCAGACCACCGGCCACGCCCCCGGCAACCUCGGCUUCGUCAACAUCACCGAUCUCUCCGGCGGCAAAGUUGGCUUCGGCUCCGCCGCCCCCGGAUCCAAGCUCGACUCCAGCUACACUAAAUCCGUCAAGCAGAUUCCCUACAACAUCUCCGUCCUCGAGAUCUCUGCCCCGGUCAUCGCCCCCGGAAUCUUGACCGCUCCGGCCCCGUCGGCCUCGGAUUUGAACAUCACCGCGCUUCUAGAAAAGGCCGGGUGCAAAACCUUCGCUUCUUUAAUCGUCUCCAGCGGCGUGCUCAAGACUUUCCAGACCACCGCCGAUAAGGGAUUGACUCUGUUUGUGCCGAACGACGAGGCGUUUAAGGCUAAGGGAGUGCCGGAUCUGACCAAGCUCACCAAUGCCGAGGUCGUUUCGCUCUUGCAGUACCACGCCGUCCCUAAAUACACUCCCAAAGGUGCCCUCAAGACCACCAAGGAUCCAAUCAGCACUCUCGCCACCAAUGGCGCCGGAAAGUACGACCUGACCGUCACCACCUCCGGUGACCAGGUCACACUCCACACCGGAGUCGACUCCUCCAGAGUCGCCGACACUGUCCUCGACUCUACUCCGUUUUCAGUCUUCACCGUCGACAGUGUUCUUCUCCCAACUGAGCUCUUCGGCAAAUCUCCGUCGCCGGCGCCGUCGAUGGAGCCAGUAGCUGCUCCUUCACCGACACCAGUCCUUGCUCCCAGCCCAGCUUCCGUAGAAGCGCCGUCGCCGUCGGCCGCUUCACCGCCGGCUCCUCCUUCCGAGACACCGGAGGGAGCUCCGUCGGAUGCACCGUCGGCAGCGGCGGCGGACAGUACCUCGCCGAACGGAGCUGGUCACGUGACUUCACCUGCAUUGCUGAUGACAGUGCUCACUGUCGCCUCUGUGACUGUCAUUUCCUCCGUUUUCUUGUCCUGAACGGUAAUUUGAGAUGCGUCUGUUAAUUUUUUUUUUCUUUUUUUUUUUCUAGUUUUAAUUUAUUGGUGUUUGUAGUAUUUCGACCGUUUGUUAUUGGGUUACAGAGAUUUUUAAUUUAAAUUUUAAAUUUU